AUCUACAUGUCUGUGGUCUUUGAGAACAUGAGCAUGAGAAUAUUUGUACUGAACGUACGUGUGUAGCAUUCGACAGGUAAAUAAACGCGUGUGUUGUAUUUAUAAUAUUGAAUUGACAUUUUAAUAAUAUGCCGAUCCUGGAUAAAAGAAAGGGAGAUGAUAUUUUGGCGUUGGUCCCCGCAUCAAAACGUACCAAGAAUGAAGUCGUUUUUAGUAGCAGAGAAAAGGCUGUCGUGCAAAGCGGUCCACCGCGAACGUCCUCCUUGAUGUCGAUGAUAAUGUUGCUCGAGGGACACCAAGGAGACAUCUUUUCUCUGGAAUUUCAUCCGGAAGGACAAUAUCUGGCAUCCACGGGAUUCGAUCGACAAAUCUUCAUCUGGAAUGUUUACGGAGAAUGUGAGAAUAUCGGCAUUAUGACUGGACACAGCGGAGCAGUGAUGGAAUUACACUUCAGUCCAGACGGCAAUCAUUUGUACACAGCUAGCACGGACAUGACGUUGGGUUUGUGGGAUAUAGUGGCUGGAUCAAGAAUCAAAAAGUUGAAGGGCCAUACUUCGUUUGUAAAUUCCGUGUCAGGCGCGCGAAGGGGACCUACAUUACUCUGCUCGGGCAGUGACGACAGCACGAUACGUAUCUGGGAUCCCAGAAAACGCGGUCAAUGCCACACAUUGAACAACACAUAUCAGGUUACAGCGGUAACAUUCAACGAUACGGCGGAACAAGUAAUCAGUGGCGGUAUCGAUAAUGAUGUAAAAGUAUGGGAUCUUCGAAAGAAUGCAGUGCUUUACAAAUUGAAGGGGCACACCGACACAAUUACCGGAUUGAGUCUUAGUCCUGAUGGAUCGUAUAUACUUUCCAAUGCUAUGGAUAAUACAUUAAAAAUAUGGGACGUACGACCAUUCGCACCCUAUGAACGCUGCGUAAAAAUAUUGUCCGGCCAUCAACAUAACUUUGAAAAAAACCUUCUGAGAUGCGCCUGGUCACCAGACGGUAGCAAAGUCUCGGCUGGAUCGUCAGACCGAUUUCAUUAUAUUUGGGAUACUACGAGUCGUAGAAUAUUGUACAAAUUGCCGGGACACAACGGAUCUGUGAAUGACAUUGAUUUCCAUCCAAAAGAACCUAUAGUGUGCUCGGGAUCUAGUGACAAGCAAAUCUAUUUGGGCGAGAUUGAGACUUAAUAAUAUUAGAAUUUAAAUUUAAUAAUAUUAGUUUUUAAACUAGUUUGUAUACUAAAUUGCAAUUCUUUUCUCGCUCACAGAUUGAUUUUUUUUUUUCAUAUGUCUUAUUUAAUCUAAAAUGAAAAGAAUUUGCUUUAAUAUAAAUAUAUAAAUGAAUAUGUACUGUACACGCGAUCGCAUUCAUACCUGAAGCGGUGAUGCCAAAUGAACAAUUUCACAUGUGUAUAUGUACAGUACAUAAAGGUCAUAAUAAGCGAUGUACAUACAUACAUGUCUGACCAAUAUGGUAUAAAGUCCAUCAUGAAUUUGGAAAGGAAUAGAAAAUGUAAAUCAUUGGAUUAUAUAAUUGACAGGUAACACUAACAAAAUUUAUUAAUAUUUUGCAGCUAGUUUAUUAUAUAAACAUUUGUUGUAAAGAUAAGACAAAAUGCAGAAAAUCUUAUUAAUGUUUUUUAACACAAAUAUAAAGAAUAUAUAGUUUUAACUUGUAUAAUAAAUAAAAGUAAAAUAAAUAUU